AUGGAUCUUGAUGCUCCUUCCUCUGAAAACAUUGCUGGGAAGUUGGUUUUCUACCAGAUGGAGGGAAAUGCCACCUAUGUGAGGGACACAGGGGAACUGGCUUCAGAUGUUCCCACUGAGACCAUGUUUGAACUCUUUGAUCCCCAAAAUAAUUUCAGCACGGCAAAGUUCACCUAUACGUGGGACUUAGGCAACGGACAGGUGAUCCAAGGGACCGAGCCAGUUGUUCGCUAUCAUUACGCUGAGUCAGGGAACUACACACUGCGGCUGAAAGUCGGAGUGAAUGUGACCAAAUUCACCUCCAAUCACUCCACGGAUGUCCAAGUCCUCGAUGCCAUUAAAAACAUCGAACUGAAGGGGCCCUCAGAUUUCAAGGUGUCUCAGGACACUAAUUUGGCUUUUCAUGUUGAUGGAAGUACAAAUAUCUAUAAAACCCACUUGAUCUUCAUCCUGUCAUGUGCUGCCAUUCUUGUUGCCACCUUCUCCUUCAUCGUGGUCAUCGCCUGCCGCCCUCGUCAGCGCGACAGAUCUCAGAUUGCUACUUCACGCAACGCUAUAUUCCUGAAGAACCAAGACUCUGAGGGUCAAAGCGCAAUUGUUUUUAACUUCUCCAACGUGGAGAGGGGAGAGAAGGAGCCACUCCUCCUGCAGUAUGGGCCACAAUACUGGUCUCAAGCAUCACACUGCUCCCUUUAG